UUGCCUUUCCAGGCUGGGAGGCUGGGCCAGUAGGCCUUUUAACCAGCCUGGGCAGGCUGCUCCAGACACCAGCCCUGGAUGCAGUGCCUGGCCCCUGUGGUCCCAGCAGCCGCCAGCCCAGCCGGCAUGCAGCAACAGCCCCUGCCUGGGCCCCUGGGCCCUGCGGCAGAACCCACCAAGCCUCCCUACAGCUACAUAGCACUGAUUGCCAUGGCCAUCCAGAGCUCGCCGGGCCAGCGGGCCACCCUUAGCGGCAUCUACCGCUACAUCAUGAACCGCUUCGCCUUCUACCGCCACAAUCGGCCCGGCUGGCAGAACAGCAUCCGCCACAACCUGUCGCUCAACGAGUGCUUUGUCAAGGUGCCCCGUGAUGACCGCAAGCCAGGCAAGGGCAGCUACUGGACGCUGGACCCCGACUGCCACGACAUGUUCGAGCAUGGCAGCUUCCUGCGCAGACGCCGGCGCUUCACCAGGAGGGCAGGGGCUGAGGGCGCCAAGAGCCCUGCCAAGACCCGCCGUGGACCCCUCCGAAUGACCAGCCGGGACCCAGGAGCUCCUGACGCUGCAACUGGCAGGCAGUGCCCAUUCCCACCCGAGCUGCCAGAGCCCAAGGGCCUAAGCUUUGGGGGUCUGGUGGGGGCCUUGCCAGCCAGCAUAUGCCCAGCAACCACUGAUGCCAGGCCUCAGCUGCCCACAGAGCCCAAAGAGAUGCCCACAUCCAAGCAGACAGGCCCAGGGGAGCUCCCUGCGGCCACGUCGCCCUCCCCAUGUCCAGCAUUUGGCUUCCCAGGCGGCUUCUCUGAGCCUGAGGGUUUCAACAAGACCCCCACACCCAUCUUGACCACCGAGGCAGGUAUUGGGAACAGCUACCAGUGCCGGCUGCAGGCACUGAAUUUCUGCAUGGGGGCUGAUCCAGGCCUUGAGCACCUCUUGGCCUCAGCAGCCCCCUCCCCUGCAUCCCCCACCCCUCCAGCCUCACUCCGGGCCCCACUGCCCCUGCCAGCUGACCCUAAGGAACCCUGGGUUGCAGGCAGCUUCCCUGUCCAGGGAGGUCCCGGCUACCCACUGGGGCUGACCCCCUGUCUAUACCGGACGCCAGGAAUGUUCUUCUUUGAGUGAAGACAACCUGGUCUCAGGCAGUCCCUGCGGGACCCCUGCAACCACCACCCGCCAGGCUGCGCCUGACUCUGGGACCAGGAGAGCUCUUGAAGGACCUAACCCUGGCAAGCCGAGGACAGCCAGGCCAGGAAGCCAGGAUGGAAGCAGUGAAAGCUCGGCCAGGCCCCUAGGGCCUCAGGACAAACUUGGGGGUGAGGGGAAGCAGACGGGCCCCUUGGGGUUUACUCUGUGGCUCUCAGGGCCAAUAAAGCCAGUGUGAUGAUGAA